AUGGCACUCAACGAACAGCCCUCAAAUCCGAAAGCUGAUGCUCCUGCUGAGGAUGGUGCCGCCAACGGUACUGCCUCAGCAAGACAGCUGAUUGACGAAUCCAAGCGACACUUUGCACUCAAAGAGUAUGCCGCAUCCAUCGACAAAGUCGCCCAUGCUCUCGAGCAGCUUAGUUCCGAAUACGCCGAAGACGCCAACGAGCUUGCACCUGUUCUUCAUCAUUACGGUCGCAGCUUGCUUGAGAACUUCAUUAUCAACUCGGCUGCUCUUGGUGGUGGCAGUGGAUCGGCUCCUCUUCCUGCUCCAUUAGCUCCCUCUGCACCUGCCGCGUCUGGGUCCUCUUCCAAACCAUCUGGCUCGGGCUCUUCCUCAUCCGCAGCCGCAGCAGUCAAGAGCGACCCUCGAUUCAGCUUCAGUGGCGACGCAGAAGACGAUGAUGAUGACGAGCAAGAGGAGGGCGCUCCCGGCGCUGCCGGUGGAGAAGAUGACGAAGACGAUCUCCAAGUCGCAUUCUCUGUUCUUGACCUUGCACGUGUCAUCUACCAGCGAAUUCUCGACUCUGAUUCUCCCAAACUCACAACACUUCACGGCCAAGAAUGGGACAAGACUCGCAUUCAAGCCGAACUAGCAGAAGUCAUGAACGAUCUAGGCGACGUAGGUCUAGAAGCCGAGAACUUCUCCCAAGCUUCUGCUGACUACCGCUCCAGUCUCGAGAUCUUGACUCCUCUUCUGCUGCCGCAUUCUCGUCGCCUUGCCGAUGCGCAUUUGCGUUUGGGUCUUGCACUCGAAUUCCACCCUGAGAUCGAGCAGCGUAAGGGAGCUAAAUCGCACGUUCAGUCGGCGUCUGAUGUUCUCGGCAAGCGUAUCACUGCUAUUCAGUCACGUAUCGACAAGUCUGCUCCCGAAUCCUCAACGGAUGGUAAGGAGAAAGACGAUCUCGCCGAUCUGUCCGAGCCAGCACUGCAGAAAGAGCUUGAAGAAAUGCAAGGAAUGAAGAAAGAGAUCGACACGAAGCUGGAAGAGUACGACACCGAAGACGGGCAAGCCCAGUUGAACGGAGAGCCAGACCUGACAGGCGUGCUCGGCUUACCAGCUGAUGCAGCAGCAAAGGCAAAAGGCGGGAUGACAACAAAAGAUGCUCUACAGCAGGCGAUCAAGGAUGCUUUCCUCGGUGCUCAGGCGGAAGGAAGCGAGGAGGGUGUCAACCCAUUUACAGGUGCAGCAGCGGCAAAAAGCAGCGAUGCGCCAGUCAACAACCUCAGUUCGAUGGUCAAGAGGAAGAAGAAGGCCGAGCAUGAAGCUGAGGCUGGAGCGGAAGCAAAUGGGGAAGCUGAUGCGAAGAAGGCUCGUACCGAAGCCUGA